AAUGAAACAAUGUGGUAAGUUUUAGCUCUGGGCCAAAAAAGGAAGAUAAAAUACUGUUUAAGAAAGAAAAUGUGGAGAGCUGGGUUCCUCCCGGGUUUCUCCCUGUAGCUUCUGGGUUGUUGAUGUUUGGACUCUUGUGAAGAUGGCUUGCGCUGCCCCACCGUCCCUGGCCAACCAGGACAGGUUUAUUUGCAUCUAUCCUGCUUAUUUAAAUAAUAAGAAGAUCAUCACAGAGGGAAGGCGAAUCCCCAUAAGUAAGGCUAUUGAAAAUUCUACAGCUACAGAGAUUCAAGAUGUAUGUUCAGCAGUUGGACUUAAUGUAUUUCUUCAGAAAAAUAAAAUGUACUCUAGAGAAUGGAAUUGCGACAUCCAAUACAGAGGCACAGUCUGGGUCCAGCUCUAACAAGAUGGCAGCCUUUGCCUUGUACAGUUCCCAUCACAUUAUACACUAAGCCUAACUUCCGGUUCCUGGGUAAGUCAGUAAUGCUGUAUGCAGCAGAAAUGAUACCCAAACUAAAAACAAGGACACAAAAAACAAGAGGUGGUGACCAAAGUCUUCAACAAGGAGUAAGAAGUAAAAAAGGGAAAGGAAAGAAAAAGAAGCAACCUAGGAUCAGCAUCAAGUAUGUGGUACUAUUUAGAAGACAUGAAUGGAGGCUUCUAAUUUGUAUCAGAGGAAAACAGAAGCUUUAUGUUUGCAUCAUUGAACUGAACUGUGAACACUUGUGCCUCUCAUCUUUAUCAUCAGAGUAGACAGUGAAAAAAAUUUACAUCAGAAGUUUGCAUCUCACUUUUAUGCAGUAUAAAAGACUUUUUUG